CACGUAAAGCAUACAAACGCAAAAAUGUACAACCUUCCAACCAGGCAUGAUUUUAACAUGUACACUUCCUUAGCGCUUUCCUAAAUCUGGCAAACGGUAUAAAAUCCUUUUAAAGGGAACUCUCCGCUGAGCGGCCCUAAAAGUGCCCCCCCUUGAGCAUCUCCGCUUGGCUAAUCACGCAUUUGGUUAAUCAACAAAUUGGUUUCCCCCCAUGCCAUAAAGCGUAUAAAAACUUACGCACAAAUAAGCAUAUAUAAUACAUACAUAUACAUACAUAUGUUUUUUCUGUUGCGAAAAUUAACGUACAUGCGUGCCAACUUGCGUACGCACGUGUAGCGAUAAAAUAGGCGCCAAGCCAUAGGGGAAACAUUGCGAGCACGAAUAAUUAAAUGAAAAAACAAUUUUUUUUGUAACCUCCAACGAGGGCAUUUCUCGCGUGUACCCAUCCAUUUCGUUUGACGACAGCUGCGGAUGAAAAGAACGCUUCUAUGAAAUUCUAACUGCAGCAGGGGACUUUCCAAACGGCCGAGUCGUCCCCCCUCUUGCAAACGGAGUGAAGAAAGGUUGACGGAGAUUCCCCCAACGAAGAAACUGAGAAGAAGCGUACAUUGUUGCCACCUCGGUGCCGAAGUGGAGAUUCAGAAAUAGCUAAAUGCACAUAUUUUGUGCUCCACGAUUUUGAGAAGGGAAGAAAGGAGGCAGAAAAAAAAAUAAAACCACGCCAAGCAUUUCCUAGCUUUUCAGCUGACGUGUACAUUUGCCCAGGUGUACCGCUGUCGGCCGAGCGCUCAUCGUACAAGGCACAGCGUGCACUGCCUCCCGCAUUCGGUUACCACCUGCUGCGGCAGUCUGCUACCUCCCGUUGCCACCGCCCGAACGCACCAUGGAGGACAAAAUGGAAGACGCGGGGGCUGUUUUCGUCGACUUGGACAAAGUGCACGACGAGGAAACCAAGCAGCUUUUCGAUUUUGGUGAGAAAAAAAAAAAAAAAAAAAAAAAAGAAGUCACAGAAAAGGUCGAGGAAGUAAUCAUAGACGGAACAGGCAAGGUAUUCGAAAGAGGAGCAGUGUACCCAUACGACGAGCUCCUACACAGAAUCCAAGAUUUGGUAAACAAGCACAACAUAGAUUUGUGUAUAUCAAAAAAAUACACCAUUAAACCUCCACAAGUGGUUAGGGUUGGUUCGAAAAAAGUCGCCUGGAUUAAUUUUAAAGAUAUUUGCACAAUUAUGAACAGAAAUGAAGAACACGUUUUUCAUUUUGUCUUAGCCGAAUUGGGUACGGAAGGGUCCAUAGCAGGAGAGGGACAGCUAGUUUUAAAAGGAAAGUAUGGCCCGAAGCAUAUCGAAGCUUUGUUAAGAAAAUAUAUAACUGAAUAUGUGACGUGUCAGAUGUGCAAAAGUCCGAACACCGCCAUGGAGAAGGACAGCAGGACUAGGCUUUUUCACCAGCACUGUAAUGCUUGCGGAGCUAAGAGAUCGGUCACCACCAUUAAGAGUGGUUUCCACGCCCUGGGAAGAGGAGAGAGAAGAAAGGCCAAGCAUACCAAUUGAGGAGAGGUCACCAAGCCGAUGGCAUAUAAAAAGGAGUUCAGUUCGCUCAGAAGGAUACGAAAGGUCCCAAUUUUUAGUACUUCCCUCACUGCGGCAUUAGGAAAGAAGAACAAAUGUAAAUAUAAGUUUGCUAGUUGUAUGCCCCCUCUGUAUGCCCCCUCUGUAUGCCCCUUCUACACACCCCUGCGUUUACGUGGACCCCCAUGUGAGGCUCCAUUUUUUGUUAAACGUUUCACGUAAAGCAGCGAUGGUGUGAACUCUGAAUUGGCACAACGGAUUUAGAACAAAAAAUGGUGCGUGCAAAAGUGAAAAGGAAUUCUUUCGUCAGGCAAUAAAUAGCGCGUCGCUGUGAGGAGGCAGGAGGGGAGACGAACAGACUAACCUAUGUGACGUUGCAUGGCACAGCAUACUACAAACAUGUGUAGAUAUGUGCGUGUGCUUAUACGCAUAUGCUCAUACACAUGUGCCUAUAGGCGUGUGCUCAUACGCAUGUGUAUGUGUGCACCCACUUGCAAGAACGAUUUGCAGACGAUCAUCCAUGUGGUGGUUCAAUUCGUUAAGCACCUUAUCGCUGGGCAGCGCUGUGCAGAAAGGCUGCAUAGCGUGUGAUGUACCUUUUUGAGCAAAUGUGCACCGUUGCAGCGGCAGCUUGCACUGAGACUUCGCCCCCCUGUGAACCACUCCCUCCCUGAUGGUGCUUGUAAAUUUAGCAGAAGCAACACUCCUGCGCAUUGCUCCCGCCCUUUCGCUUUUUUGUUCCACGUGCGUGUAUAUAUAUAUGUAUAUAUAUGUGCACAUAUAUGUAUAUAUUUAUUUAUCCAUUCAUUCAUAUUUAUGUACGCGCGCGAGCGCCCAGCAGUUUAAAAAACGAGCAAAAAAAAAAAAGCCAGUGCAGCAGGCGUUCGCACGUGUACAUACGUAUAUGCCCCUAUGCACGCAGGCGUCCACCCGUGUGUGUGUGCAUAUCUCAUGCAGACAUAAUUAUUAUAGAAAAAACAUUUCCCCUUUUUAAAUUAACAACCAACUUCUUCACGAAUGUACAUUUUUGUUUUAAUAGUAUGUGUUAUGUGU